AUGGAAAUACUAAUGAUUCGAGCCAAUGUUGAUGAGGAUAGGGAGUCAACGAUGGACAGAUUUAUUGGAGGGUUGAAUCAGGAGAUCCAAGAUCGUGUGGAGACUCAACACUAUGUUGAGAUGGAGGAGUUGCUACAUCUUGCGAUCAAGUUUGAGAACCAAAUCAAAAGAAGGGGGAAAACACAUCAGAAGUUUGGUUCCAACUCUGCCAAUGCUCGGCCACAUUUCCACAAAGAAGAUAAGCAACCUUUUGGUUCAAAAGUGGCAGCAAAGCCCGAGGGCAAACCUGAUACGUCCCAGCCUAGAAAGCAAGGUAUUUCUGAUGCUCUUCCAUCACGUACUCGAGAUAUUCGAUGUUUUAAGUGUUUGGGCAGAGGACACUACGCAAAUGAGUGCCGAAUCGAAGAACUUUGGUGGUUUCGUGAUAAUGGAGAGGUUGAAACCGAAGCUGAGGGUGAAUCUGAUUCAAUGACGUCUUUGGAGAGUGAUGUAGAUGAGCAAAAGGCUGAGUCAGGUAAACUGAUGGUGACUAGAAGGGUUUUGAAUCUUCGAUCAAAAGAAGAGGAGAAAAUCCAGCGAGAAAACAUCUUUUAUACAAGAUGUGUUGUUAAGGACAAGGUUUGUAGUUUGAUCAUUGAUAGUGGGAGUUGUACUAACGUGGCGAGCAAUUCUUUGGUUGAAAAGCUAGGGUUGCUUACUCAGAAGCAUCCAAAGCCAUACAAACUUCAGUGGCUGAAUGACAGUGGAGAAACGAAGGUUCAUAGGCAAGUAAAGGUUCCAUUUCGUAUUGGCAAAUACGAAGAUGAAGUGCUAUGUGAUGUUGUGCCUAUGCAAGCUGGUCAUUUACUUCUUGGGCGGCCAUGGCAGUUUGAUACCCAUGCUCAACACGAUGGAUACUCCAAGAAAUAUUCUUUUGAGUUCAAAGGGAAGCAAAUCAGAUUGGUUCCUUUGACUCCUAAAGAAGUGUAUGAAGAUCAACUUCAAAUGAUCAAGAAUGAGAAGAAAUUGUGUGACCAUGAGGUAGUUCACUCAAAAAUUGGUGAGGAUUUGAGAAAAACCCAGUCAAAGGCCUUUGAGAGUAUACCCGUGAGAUCAAACACAAAUUUCUUCAUGAGAGCGAGAGAGGUUAAGAAAGCAUUGCUUUCGCACCAGCCUAUGUUUGUACUUCUGUACAAAGAGGCUCUUUUGAACACUAACGAACUCACCUCUACUUUGCCUAGUGUUGUUCUUGAUCUGCUGCAGGAAUACGACGAUGUUUUUUCCGGAGGAGAUUCCAAAUGGACUGCCACCAUUACGAGGAAUCGAGCAUCAAAUCGAUUUCAUUCCCGGUGCAAGUAUUCCAAACAAGGCAGCCUACAGAACCAAUCUCGAGGAAACCAAAGAGCUUCAAAGGCAAAUUUCGGAUCUAAUGGAGAAGGGACACAUCCGAGAAAGCAUGUCACCAUGUGCCGUGCCGGUGAUUCUUGUACCAAAGAAAGAUGGUACGUGGCGAAUGUUGAUUUGAGAAGUGGCUAUCAUCAAAUACGCAUGAAAGAAGGUGAUGAGUGGAAAACUGCCUUUAAAACAAAGCAUGGGUUGUAUGAAUGGUUGGUUAUGCCUUUUGGCUUAACAAAUGCACCUAGCACGUUUAUGAGGCUGAUGAAUCACGUUCUUAGACAUUUUCUAGGACGUUUCGUGGUUGUGUAUUUUGAUGAUAUGCUGAUAUAUAGCAAGAACCUUGUUGAACAUGUUGAACACAUUAAAUCUGUCUUGGAUGUUCUGCGAAAGGAGCAAUUGUUUGCUAACUUCAAGAAAUGCACGUUUUGCACUAACAAAUUGGUGUUUUUAGGGUUUGUGGUUAGUGAGCAGGGAAUUCAUGUCGAUGAAGAGAAGAUCGCCGCCAUAAUGGAUUGGCCAUGUCCGAGGACAGUUGGUGAUGUGAGGAGUUUUCAUGGACUUGCAAGUUUUUACAGGAGGUUUGUUAAGGACUUUAGACCCAUAGCUGCACCACUUACAGAAGUUAUCAAGAAGAAUGUCAGGUUUAAGUGGGGAGAUGCACAAGAAGCUGCUUUUCAACUUCUGAAAGAAAAACUCACUAAUUCUCCACUCUUGUCUCUACCUGAUUUUUCUAAAGCUUUCGAGGUAGAAUGUGAUGCUUCUGGUGUAGGUAUUGGAGCUGUUUUGAUGCAGGAAGGAAAGCCAAUAGCUUAUUUCAGUGAGAAGCUAAGUGGAGCGCAACUAAACUAUCCCACUUAUGACAAAGAGCUUUAUGCUUUGGUGAGGGCGCUUCAAACAUGGCAGCACUAUCUUUGGCCGAAGGAAUUCAUCAUUCAUACCGAUCAUGAGGCUUUGAAACAUCUAAAAGGUCAGCAAAGGUUGAACAAACGACAUGCUAAAUGGGUUGAGUUCAUUGAAACAUUUCCUUAUGUUAUUCGCUAUAAGCAAGGAAAAGAGAAUGUUGUGGCUGAUGCUUUAUCUUGUCGUCAUAACCUGCUUGUUUCUCUUGACUCGAAAUUGCUCGGCUUUGAGUUCAUUAAGGAAUUGUAUGCUUCUGAUCUCGAUUUUGAAGAUGUCUUUAAGGCAUGGAAGCACAUAGUGGUGGUCUAA